CAGAAAAUGAGUUUCGGGGUGAGCUGCUGAACCAGAGGUGGACCUGUGGGGAGAAGAUCAGCAGCUGCGAGGGAGCCGCCAGCCUGCACGGCACGUGCAUCAAGAUGAGUUUAGAAAAUGAUGAUAAGAGAGCACGCACGCGAUCGAAGUCCGUCAGAGUGCCCACGGAGCUCAUCAGCCAGGAGGUGAGCUGUCCAACCCCAGGCUGUAACGGCUCAGGACACAUCCGUGGAAAGUACGCAAGACACAGAAGUCUGCAAAGCUGCCCUCUAGCAAAGAAGAGGAAACUUCAAGAUGCGGAGGCUGAACACCUGGUGUCGAAGCGCAAAUCCCACCCGCUCAAGCUGGCCUUGGAUGAAGGCUACAACGUCGACAGUGACGGCAGCGAGGAGGCCGAGGUGAAGGAGGAGUCUGGCUCUGAGGAGUCAGAGGGAACACUGGAGGAGGAUGAGGCGGAGGCGGUGGAGCAGGAGGAGACCCACAGCCCCGAGCCGGCAGAAGGUGCUUUGUCAUUAUUGAUUGCAGAGCUGUGUUCUGUAGAUGAAUAAAGGGCAGUGAGUGUUAAUAACCAAGAGUUAUAGCUCCUCUGAAUCAUGUACGAUGAUGGGUCCUGCAGUUAUUAUGUUUG